UGGCUAGGCGCCUUAUGGCGCUCACUCGAUUUAUAACGAGUAACGACUACGGGCCCUUUCUCUCUUCUCUCUCUCUCUCUGGAUUUAUGACGACUACGGCGCCCCCCCUCUCUCUCUCUCUCUCUCUCUCUCUCUCUCUCUCUUUGUCUCUCUCCGUGGAAGAUUCAAAGGAUACGCAUCCCUUCAUGGACUCGGGUGAGACAGUGAAAUAUAAAAAUGUUUUCAUCUGCGGUUCAGCGAUUGAACUUGAAGUCCCUUGUUUCUCUGUUAUCGUGCGCACCGGGAGGAAACUAACCUACGCAGCUUUCUAGUUUCUCCCCCGGCAACUUCAUUUUUUCGCAGAUGAUUUCUGUCUCCAUGUAUGCCACUUCUGCAUAGCUUCAAAGGGCUGGGUUUUGAUUUUAUAUGAACUGUUUCUUGACCAAGAACAGUUUCUUGGUGGUGUAGCAUACAGCAAUGACUUGUUUCUCUUUCAGAUUUGGGAAAAAGGCUGGUCCAGCUAAAGGAUAUGUGGGUGAUGAAGAUGUCUCAGGCAUGCAGAAUGUUAAUCUGUUCCCUUACAGAGAAUUGAGAAAUGCCACUGAUGAUUUUAAUUUGGCUAAUAAAAUUGGUGAGGGAGGUUUUGGUUCUGUUUACAAGGGAAUACUAAAAGAUGGCAGAGUUGCAGCUAUAAAGGUUCUUUCAGCUGAGUCAAAACAGGGGGUAAAUGAGUUCCUGACAGAGAUAAAAGUGAUCUCUGCUAUAGAGCAUGAAAAUCUAGUCAAGCUAUACGGUUGUUGUAUUGAAGGAAACCAUAGAAUUUUGGUGUAUAACUAUCUUGAGAAAAAUAGCCUUGCACAGACUCUACUUGGUGGAAGUCAGAGUGGUAUCCAGUUUAGUUGGAGAACACGGUAUGCAAUUUGCAUUGGCAUUGCACGUGGUCUAGCAUUUUUGCACGAGGGAGUCAGGCCAUAUAUUGUUCAUAGAGACAUUAAAGCAAGCAAUAUACUUCUUGAUGAAAAUCUCAACCCCAAAAUUUCAGAUUUUGGUCUUGCAAAACUUAUUCCGUCCAACAUGACUCAUGUCAGUACACGUGUUGCUGGAACAAUUGGUUAUUUGGCGCCUGAAUAUGCAAUACGUGGACAGCUGACACGUAAAGCAGAUAUAUAUAGCUUUGGUGUUCUCCUCAUGGAAAUAGUCACUGGGAGAUGCAGCACGAACUCAAAGUUACCUGUUGAAGAGCAGUUCCUUCUUGAAAGGACAUGGGUACUGUAUGAGAGAAAAGAGUUAGUGGGGCUAGUAGACACAGCUUUGAAUGGUGAAUUUGAUGCAGAGGAAGCUUGUAGGUUUUUGAAAAUUGGGCUCUUAUGCACCCAAGAUGCACCUAAACUCCGGCCGUCCAUGUCAACUGUUGUCAAGAUGCUAACUGGGGAGAUAGACAUAACUCACAAACCAAUAUCAAAGCCGGGCCUGAUCUCUGAUUUCUUGGACCUCAAGGUUCGAAGUGUAGAAAACCAGAAGAACAGCAAGAAUACAACCUACACUUCAUCUGGUUCAGACAGGCAAUAUAAUUUAUCUUUGUCAUCAGAUAGCACAACCUCAUGUGCCACAAUGACCUUUACAGCCAUACAUGACCGAAGUGAUUAAGGGACCUCCAAUGAAAGCCUUUCUAUUUUGUUUAUAUUUUAUUUCCUGGUUUGAUAGCCUUGUUUCUUUGUUUCUCCCCUGUAAAUUUUGUGUUACAAGUUUUUACCCUAAAGGGUUCAAGGUUGAAUGAGAUCCAUUGUUUGAAUUCCA